AAUGGUUUAAUUGGCUUCUAAUAGAAGCUCGGUUGUAAAAGCCAUUGAUUCUACCUGGAGUAUUAUACGAACUCUAUAUUUUGCGAUUAUUCUCUUCCUAUUUACUCUCAUUGGUAUGAAGAAGGAAUCCAAUAAAUAUACCAAAGAAGAAUUGAAAUAUAUUAUUGAUGAAAGUAACGAUUGCAAUUAAUUAUUUAAUAGAGAUGCCAUUCAAGAGAAAACCAAAGGAUGAAGAUGAUGAUGAUAAUGGAAAAGAAGGAACUAAACCAAAGAUUUUCAGAGGUCUUGGAGGAGGAGCUGAUUGUAAGAGUUGAGGUU